AUGAGGCCGCUCCGGCUGCUGCCCUUGUUGUGCGUGUUCGUGCUGGGUGUGCGGGCGGAUGAACACGAGCACACGUAUCAAGAAAAAGAGGAGGUGGUUUUAUGGAUGAACACAGUGGGACCAUACCACAAUCGGCAAGAGACAUACAAGUACUUCUCCCUUCCAUUCUGUGUUGGAACAAAGAAAAGUAUUAGUCACUAUCAUGAAACAUUAGGAGAAGCUCUGCAAGGAGUUGAAUUAGAAUUUAGUGGUUUAGAUAUUAAAUUUAGAGAGGAUGUCAUGCAAGCAACAUAUUGUGAAAUAGAGUUGGACAAGGCGAAGAGGGAUGCGUUUGUUUACGCAAUAAAGAACCACUACUGGUACCAGAUGUACAUAGAUGACUUGCCAAUAUGGGGUAUUGUUGGAGAGGCUGAUGAAAAUGGAGAAGAUUACUACCUUUGGACAUACAAAAAGCUUGAAAUUGGCUAUAACGGAAAUCGUAUAGUAGAUGUAAAUCUCACCAGUGAAGGCAAAGUAAAGCUUGUCCCCAAUACCAAGGUUCAAAUGUCCUACUCUGUUAAAUGGAAGAAAUCCGAUGUCCGGUUUGAAGAUCGAUUUGACAAAUACCUUGACCCUUCAUUUUUCCAGCACAGGAUACACUGGUUUUCAAUCUUCAAUUCUUUUAUGAUGGUUAUUUUUUUGGUGGGAUUGGUAUCCAUGAUUCUUAUGAGAACCUUAAGGAAAGAUUAUGCCAGAUACAGCAAAGAGGAGGAAAUGGAUGACAUGGAUCGAGAUCUAGGCGAUGAAUACGGUUGGAAACAGGUCCAUGGGGAUGUUUUCAGACCUUCCAGUCAUCCUCUUAUCUUCUCAUCACUUAUUGGGUCAGGAUGUCAGAUCUUCUCAGUGUCUCUUAUUGUAAUUAUUGUAGCCAUGAUUGAAGAUUUGUACACAGAGAGAGGUUCAAUGCUAAGCACAGCAAUAUUUGUUUAUGCUGCUACAUCCCCCGUCAAUGGUUACUUUGGAGGAAGUCUCUAUGCCAGACAAGGAGGUCGACGGUGGAUAAAGCAAAUGUUCAUUGGAGCUUUCCUAAUCCCAGCAAUGGUUUGUGGGACAGCAUUCUUUAUCAAUUUCAUUGCCAUAUAUUAUCAUGCUUCCAGAGCAAUCCCAUUUGGAACAAUGGUUGCUGUAUGCUGCAUUUGUUUCUUUGUGAUCCUUCCAUUGAACCUAGUGGGAACAAUACUUGGUCGAAAUUUGGCAGGACAGCCCAACUUCCCUUGUCGUGUCAAUGCAGUUCCGCGACCCAUCCCAGAGAAAAAGUGGUUCAUGGAACCAGCUGUCAUUGUAUGCCUUGGUGGAAUACUACCUUUUGGAUCCAUUUUUAUUGAAAUGUAUUUCAUAUUUACCUCUUUCUGGGCAUACAAGAUCUACUAUGUAUAUGGCUUUAUGAUGUUGGUUUUGGUCAUCCUCUGCAUUGUGACUGUUUGCGUAACUAUUGUUUGUACAUACUUCCUUCUAAAUGCCGAGGAUUACAGGUGGCAAUGGACAAGUUUUCUUUCUGCUGCCUCCACUGCAAUCUAUGUUUACAUGUAUUCAUUUUACUACUACUUUUUCAAAACAAAAAUGUAUGGAUUGUUUCAGACAUCAUUUUACUUUGGAUAUAUGGCAGUUUUUAGCACCGCUUUGGGAAUUAUGUGUGGAGCGAUUGGUUACAUGGGAACAAGUGCCUUUGUCCGGAAAAUUUACACUAAUGUGAAAAUUGACUGA